AUGGCUCUUUUUAACCACUCUGGUACUCCACCUGCUGAUAAUCUUCACGAAAAGGUGAAUCUUUUUGACAUAUAUGGUAAAGAUGAAACGGUUGAUAAUGCUAAUGAUGUAGAUGAUGAUGAUGAUAAUGGUGAUAAUAGAGAUAAUGGUAAAGAUGAAAUGGUAGUUUGA